UGUUAUGAAGUUAUUAUAUAAAGUCCAGGCGUUGCUGAGACUUUUAUACCAAGCCUUUGGCUAUUUGUAAAAGAGAAACAAAACCAAUAAUGGAGAACAAUAGAGAGAGCAAUAGCAGAAGUGGUAGCUUCAGGUUGGGUUUGGGUUUGGGAGUGAACGAGGCAAAAGUUCACACCGUGAUUGAGCUCGGUAGUGUUGAUACACAAGGUCUUCUUCUUAAUGGUGGUGGUGAUGUUGGUGGUGAGGAGAGAGAGAAACAAGAAAAGGCUCCUACGAACUCUCUCUCUCCUAGGCAGAUGAAGUCCCUCGUUUCUCUCUGUGACACCAUCUUACCUUCCAUCAAAGACAACGUUGCAGGUUCCUCUGAUGAAUCUGUGGCCAAUUUCUACCGCACUUCAGCUUCCAUGGCUGGCACACAUGAACGUCUUGGGAUUCUGAUAAGUGAGAAAUUGAAACACCCAAGUACAUGGUUGUUCUUGUUGACGCUAUGGCUACUAUCAACAUGGUUCGGCACAUUCAUACUGUGCGGCAUGGCGAGCCUCUCAAUGAAGUUCCCCUUCUUCCACAGCUACCCUGACCUGUCACCGGAAAAACGCCAAAAAAUUUUGAAGUCUUGGUCUCUCAGUUACUUUCGUCUCCUGAGGAUGUUUUUCAGGACCAUCAAGCUUCUCACGCUCCUAAGCUUCUUUACUCAGCAAGAUGAAGGAGAUAACCCAUCAUGGAAUGCAAUUGGAUAUUGCGGAACAGAUCCAGAGUUCAAAGCACAGUUGAAGAACCAUCUUUCACAAAGAACAUCAAAAGGAGGAGGACAUGAGGAAAAAGAAGAGGAUGAUUAUGAUGAAGAAGUUGUAGGACCUCUUUACAAAGGUCUUGUCCAUCUGAAUUACCCACGAGACAUCAUUACAGAUUCUCUAAGACGAUUCGGAAUCCCAGUCUCUGUUACUCCUCAAAAGAAUAAACCUUCUAGCAUCUCAUCUCCUUCUCUAGUUUUCAAAUGUGAUGCAGUGGUUGUUGGUUCUGGCUCAGGAGGUGGUGUGGUAGCUGGAGUUCUAGCAAAAGCUGGAUACAAAGUGCUGGUCUUGGAGAAAGGAAGCUAUUUCGCGAGGAACAAUCUUUCCUUACUGGAAGGACCAAGCAUGGAUCAAAUGUACCUCUCCAAUGGUUUGGUUGCAUCAGAUGAUAUGGCUGUGUUAAUUCUAGCAGGAUCCACAGUUGGUGGAGGGUCUGCAAUCAACUGGUCAGCCAGUAUCAAAACCCCUCAGCAUGUAUGCAAGGAGUGGUGCGACCGCCACGAGCUAGAGCUAUUUGAAAGUAAAUUAUAUAAAGAAGCCAUGGAUACUGUGUGUGAGAAAAUGGGAGUCCAAUCUGAGUUUGAAGAUGAAGGUUUUAAUAAUGCAGUCCUAAGAAGAGGGUGUCAAGAAAUGGGGUAUCCUGUUAGCAACAUUCCUCGGAAUGCUCCACCAGAUCACUAUUGCGGUUGGUGUUUCAUGGGAUGCAAGGAUGGAAGGAAGAAGGCUACAUCAGAAACAUGGCUGGUGGACUUGGUAAAAUCAGGUAAUGGAGCAAUCCUCCCCAAUUGUGAGGCUAUACAAGUCUUGCAUAAGAAAAUGAAAGGAAGAGACAAAAAAGUGGCCAGUGGAGUUGCUUUUCAAAUUGACUACAAGGGACACAAGGACAUUUGUGUGGUGGAGUCCAAGGUCACAAUUGUAGCCUGCGGAGCACUCCGCACUCCAGAAUUACUCAAAAGAAGCGGCUUGAGGAACGAAAACAUAGGGAGAAACUUGCAUCUUCAUCCAGUGACAAUGGCUUGGGGCUACUUCCCGGAUACGCCUUCACCCGACUCUUGGCCAGAGGAACAUAAGAAAAGCUAUGAAGGAGGGAUUAUGACAGCAAUGUCCACAGUUGUUGCAGAGUUUGACAAAUCUGGAUAUGGUGCAGUGAUCCAAACACCUGCACUACAUCCUGGUAUGUUCUCACUUCUCAUGCCAUGGGUUUCUGGAAAGGACAUAAAAGAUCGAAUGAGCAAAUUCUCCAGAACAGCUCAUGUUUUUGCACUGGCAAGGGACCAAGGGUCAGGAACUUUGAAUUCACCAAGCUGUAUAAGCUAUCAGAUGAAAGAUGCAGACGAAGAGAGUUUGCAGAAAGGAAUUGAGAAGGUACUGAGAAUCCUCGCAGCGGCUGGAGCUGAAGAAAUUGGGACACAUAACAAUAAGGGAAGGAGCUUAAAUGUUAAGCAGGUGAGCUAUCAUGAAUUCGAGAAGUUUGUGAAAGAAGAAAGCUCAAGGCCAAUAACAGACCUUUCAACACCAAUAUGCUCAGCACAUCAGAUGGGGAGUUGUCGGAUGGGAACUAAUCCAAAGGAAUCAGUGGUGAACCAGAUGGGGGAGACAUGGGAGGUGGAGGGUCUUUAUCUGGCAGACACGAGUGUCUUUCCUACAGCUUUGGGUGUGAAUCCAAUGGUCACUGUUCAGGCUAUUGCUUACUGCACCGCACAACAUGUUCUGGAAGUUCUUCAAAGGAAAAGAAGGUGAGGGGGAAAAAAUCUUUUGCUGGUUAUGCGAAAACACAAGAGCAUUCUAGUUACAAUAAUUUUAAAGGAGAUGAUCCACAUUAAUAAAAGUGAUGAAGUAAACUUUUGAAGACUGAGACAUGCCUGGUUUUCCCCUGUGUAUCCAAUGUUUGAAGGCUGAGACAUGCCUUGUUUUCCUUGUAGCUAUAUGUACUUGAAGGCUCUUGUUUUCCUUGUUGCUAUAUGUAAUCGCUCGUUAUAUACGCUUGUAGCUAUAUGUGAUCACAUUUUCUUUCAUGGCCA